GCAGGAAAAGGAUAAAUUGCGGUCGGUCGAAGCCAAGUAUUCGGUCGAGAUGAUGCACAACGAGUCUGCGUAGGACGAAGCGCUGCGUACAGAAAAUGCCAGACUGCAAGCUAAAUUAGGAGCGAGUGGAAUUGUGGUAGCCACACUGCAAUCGAAGGUGUUUGAUCUUGAGAAGGAGCUGGCCAAGCGAACGAGCGUGAUGCAUGUGCAACAGGAACAGAGUCAAGCCCCCGUCUUAGUGAUAGAAGGCGGUUCGUCUACGUCUCUAAUGCUGUACCAGUGUAAUUUAUCUCAAACUGGGGACGAACACGGAGCCAGUUUUCUGGACUUAGGACGCGGUGAUGACCAAUCAACAUCGUGUUUGUUGUCGAUUAAAAGCUCCGGUUGCACCGCUGCCGAGGACAUGACACAGUCUUCUUCGCAGUCGACCAACGACGACCGCCAACCAUCUAAUUCGGAGUCGACCGAUGACGACCGACAGCCAUAGUGCAGCAGGUAAAGGAUAAAUUGCGGUCGGUCGAAGCCAAGUAUUCGGUCGAGAUGAUGCACAACGAGUCUGCGUAGGACGAAGCGCUGCGUACAGAAAAUGCCAGACUGCAAGCUAAAUUAGGAGCGAGUGGAAUUGUGGUAGCCACACUGCAAUCGAAGGUGUUUGAUCUUGAGAAGGAGCUGGCCAAGCGAACGAGCGUGAUGCAUGUGCAACAGGAACAGAGUCAAGCCCCCGUCUUAGUGAUAGAAGGCGGUUCGUCUACGUCUCUAAUGCUGUACCAGUGUAAUUUAUCUCAAACUGGGGACGAACACGGAGCCAGUUUUCUGGACUUAGGACGCGGUGAUGACCAAUCAACAUCGUGUUUGUUGUCGAUUAAAAGCUCCGGUUGCACCGCUGCCGAGGACAUGACACAGUCUUCUUCGCAGUCGACCAACGACGACCGCCAACCAUCUAAUUCGGAGUCGACCGAUGACGACCGACAGCCAUAGUGCAGCAGGUAAAGGAUAAAUUGCGGUCGGUCGAAGCCAAGUAUUCGGUCGAGAUGAUGCACAACGAGUCUGCGUAGGACGAAGCGCUGCGUACAGAAAAUGCCAGACUGCAAGCUAAAUUAGGAGCGAGUGGAAUUGUGGUAGCCACAAUGCAAUCGAACGUGUUUGAUCUUGAGAAGGAGCUGGCCAAGCGAACGAGCGUGAUGCAUGUGCAACAGGAACAGAGUCAAGCCCCCGUCUUAGUGAUAGAAGGCGGUUCGUCUACGUCUCUAAUGCUGUACCAGUGUAAUUUAUCUCAAACUGGGGACGAACACGGAGCCAGUUUUCUGGACUUAGGACGCGGUGAUGACCAAUCAACAUCGUGUUUGUUGUCGAUUAAAAGCUCCGGUUGCACCGCUGCCGAGGACAUGACACAGUCUUCUUCGCAGUCGACCAACGACGACAGCCGACAGCCGUCGUGUUUGCUGUCGUGUUCGCAGUCGUCUACCGCACAGGAAGAAUGCAGCUCCGAAACAACCGCUGAACCAUCAUUGGCGGAAUUUAGACUUAACCGUUUGAGUUACAUCAUAAAAAAAUACGAGAGCAAACACGAAGACAUUUCGUAACGAAUUUUGUGAUAAGGAAUAGGUGGCGUCACAUUUAUCUGGUCAGUAAAAUCAUAACAAAAAAUAAAUAUAAAAGUACAACCAAGCAAAAUAAAUAAUAUUUUAUUUUAUUCUAUUAGAGUAAAUUUAACUAAAAUGUUAUUCAGUUAUAUUAAAAUUACUUUAAAUGUCAAAAAAUGAGCUAAAAAGUAAUAAGUCUUAAAAAUUCAAAAUAAAAGUUACAUUUUUUAAUUUCUUAAUUAUGUAUGAAAUGAACUUUGUGUUUGAAAAGCUAUGUUUUCUGACAUUCAGAAAAAAAUGCAAUUGUAUUCAAAUUAGAAUAACAUUGCUUCCAUUUUAU